AGCCAAGGUAUGCACAUGACUCCGAAUGCAGCUUACUGAAGUAAAACUGACUUGUCUACUUCCUUUGGGCUCGUAGCGUCUGGCUUCCGUUUAGGAAUGGAGAAUGGCUGAACCUGGAAAGAACCUAACUUCCUCGCUACCGCCGUCUCCUCUGCCCAGCUACAUGGCGACCACCAACGAGGAAGUACAGACUGACCCAUUAUCACAGUCGUUCUCAGAAACCGCGGCUGGGAGGAGGAACACCUACAGUAGUGUCAACGGGCCCAUUGUCAAGUCUGCUGGAGGUAUAGAGCCUACCGAUGUCUUCCACCAUUCCUACAAAUCACAGACGUCUGUGUCGUCUACCCCAGCAAACAUGGACACCUACGUAGUGGUAGGCCGACCAAACAAUGAGAUAGAGGCACACAAGAUCGCAAACAAUCACUUGUUUGGUUUCAAGAAGUGGAAAAGUCAUUUGAGUUCUCGACCUCUGUCUGAGCGCUCAGAUGUUGUGAAGGAGCUAUAUGAUGACAUCAACAAGAUCAAACCUGUCAGAGUGUCAACAGUGCGACCGAGUAAUCUGCUAUAUGUUUUAUUAUUUGGCUGGUGGAUAUCACUGAUCUAUCUGUUUGUUGGAGCCUUGUUGAUGAUCACAAUUGUUGGUAGAGUUUAUGGUCCAUUCUGUUGGAAGAUGGCAAAAUAUUUCAUAUGGCCCUUUGGAAAGUUUGUUCAUCAGAUCCAUCCUGUUCCUUUGGCGUAUGUAGCUGAGAAGACGAGUGAAAACGGCCUGGUCCCGUCGCCCGAGGGUGGAAUUUAUGUGGCAGAGACUACAGCUCUUCUGUCCGGCAAUGUAUCUCUGGAAGUCACAGAGCCAGAAAAACCCAAGAGAUUCAAAUGUGACAAGUCAUACUGGUGUCGUCCCAGAACCAUAGUGUGGCUGAUCCUGGGCUGUCCACUGUUGCUGCUGGCUCAUGGGAUAACCAUUUUCAUCAGCUGGCUGUUGGUGGUUACCAUACCUAUUGCUAAGGUCAAUAUUAAGACAGUUCAGAAGAUCCUAUUUCUGCCCCCUGAACAAGUUCAGAUUGGGGACUCCGGGGUCAUGACAGUGGACUUGAGUGUCCUUCACAGUGAGAUCAUCAUGUACACACACCAGUCUGUGAACAUCUACUACUACAAGUACACAGUGGAUGGCAUGAAUGUCAUUCUUGUCAAUUUAUUGGUGUUUGUGGUUGUUGCUCUUAUCCUUGGCUACUCUGAUCCUGACAAUAACUACACCAGUGGCUUUGUGAAAUGUAUCAUGUCCCUGUUGGCUAUUGUUCCUCUUACUUACUACAUCGGAAUGGGCAUAGCAUGUAUAGCAGCUCAGAGCGUUCUGGCCGUGGGAGCUAUCAUGAAUGCCACAUUUGGAUCAGCUGUGGAGGUGAUCCUGUACAUCAUCUUUCUUGUGAAUGGACUAAAGGCUAAGAACAACUGUUAUGUUGAACUAGUGAAGUCAGCCAUGGCAGGAACAUUGCUGGCUACCAUGAUGUUAAUUCCGGGCUUAAGCAUGGUGGCAGGGGGCCUGAAGUAUCGAACACAGAGGUUCAACCCUCAGUCUGCUGGGGUCAGCGCAUCACUGCUCUUUGUCUCUGUAGCAGGGAUUUUUGCCCCAACAAUCUUCUCUAAGGUUUAUGGAACUCUUCAGUGUCAGAAGUGUGAAAACUAUACCACAAAUAGUACCACAGGCAAUGGAUCGAAUGUCGGGAUUCAGUGCUCUGAGUGUGAACAAUCUAUUUUUGGUCUAAAUGGGGACAAAACUCUGUACGACUCUCACAUCAAGCCCCUUGUGUAUGCUUGUGCCAUCAUGCUGCCGAUCUCCUACAUAAUAGGACUGAUAUUCACCUUGAAGACACACAAGUCUGUUUUGUACGAGACAACGGAUGAAGGGGAACCACAGUCACAGGGUCACCAUGCCAAAGCACACUGGUCUAAGCUGAAGUCUGCCAUCAUAAUGCUGGCCUGUGCUGUGCUGAUCUCCCUCUGUGCAGACCUGGUUACUGAGAAUAUCCAGCCUCUACUCCAGGUGUCUGGUAUCUCUGAGUACUUCAUUGGAGUGACGCUUCUAGCAGUAGUACCAGAGUUACCGGAAGUGGUCAAUGGAAUACAGUUUGCUUUACAGAACAAUGUGGCAUUAGGGUUGGAAAUCGGCAGUUCAACAGCGGUCCAGGUCUGCUUGGUCCAGAUUCCACUGAUGGUUCUGGUUGAUCUUAUUUAUCCUUUUGAUUUCUAUCUGGUUUUCAAUGAUAUUCAUCUAUGGGCUGUGAUAUUUUCUGUGAUUGUGAUGAAUUACACCUUUCAAGAUGGCAAGAGCGACUAUUUUCAAGGUUGGAUACUGGUUGGUAUUUACCUGGUGAUACUGGCCAUGUAUUUCUUCACUCCUGUACCACCAGAAGCCAGGUGCUCUGCUACCCCAGACUAGCCCUCAGAUCAACGCAUUUGGAAUAAAGUGCUGACUGAAAGUGAAAGUCACCUUGUACCUCAAUGCUAUGUCUUUCAUAGUGCGUCCAGGAGGGAACAUGAAGUUUAUUUCGGCUUAUUUUAUAUGAGAACAAAACUUUCUAAGGUGGCGUUGUUCAAAUUUUAAUGCAGUGCUCACAUUUGAGUGUAGUUCAAAUGCCAUUUUGGUGAAAUCUUACGUUUUACGAAAGCUACCAGAAAUUCUUUUAUGCGCUUAUAACUGCCAGAAGAAGUGGGGAUUACAUCAUAAAUGAUUUUGAUAGCUAAAGACCUGUUAACAGACAAGGUUAUGCUUGCAGUUACAAUGUGGGUGGCAAGACAGGGACAUGAGCCUGCUUGUACGAAGCCUUGUUAAUGUUACAAGCAUGGCUACCAGCGAUGUAGGCAUUACGUUGCCAUGGCUGUUAGAUGCCCGUAAGGUUAAGUGGGUUUCAUACAAGUGGGCCACCUACAUGUAUAUGUGAUCACCUGUUUACCUCAGCUUUAUAGUGUUAUGGGGAAGUAUGAAUCGUUUUUACAUGAUUAAAUGUGAUUUUACUUCUCCAGUACAUGAAGGUGAAAAUACUCAGCAAAUUUUUUGUGCGUUUCAAGUAUUAGUAUUUAAACAAAUGUAGAAGUACUCGUAUAUGUGUUGGAAGUGUUACAAUUGCUAUUAGUGUGCACAAAAAAUGAGCUACUUGUAUAUGAUUUAUAUGUUUAAAUUACUUUACAUAUAAAUGCUUGACUUAAUUCUUUUUUUAGAUAGAAUUAGUUUCAGAACUAAGUUUGUCCCAAAAAAAAGGGGGGUGGUGGGGGGGGGGGGGAUUGCAAAUUGUAUUUAUAAAUUAUUACUUUUUGUGCUGAACCUUAUAUUUUCUGUUAGAAUGUUCUACUUUCCAAACAAACCUCAAACCAAUAUUGUAAGAUCAAUGAAACGCCGAAAAUGAUUUAAACUCAGAAACUUAGACACGGACAAAAUUUGAAGGCAAAUGCAGUAAGUCUUUGACGGUAAAUGUGAACUAAUGUAAUUAUAUUAAAUCAUGGGCCUGUGGGUCAUGAGAGAUUGAGAGGUGACCAAACUAGUGCUCAUUCCUGGUGAGGAGUUCAUUAUGGUAAUUAUCAUGCAAUAUGACACUUUUUUUUUUCUUCCUGAACCUAUGAUUUUACAUAUAAAACAGUCAUUGGUUUAUUUCUCCAUUGUGAUUUGGGUGAUUGGACAGUUACGUGCAAGAAGUUGACAUGAAACGUGUACAUCAGUUCAUAUCACACAAGCACAACCUUGUUUGCAAGCUGUAAUACAACAUGAUUUCUAUGGUGUUCUAUUUCCCCUGUUAAUUGCCUUGACCUAUAUAUGUCAGAUAACCAGGGCCCUAUUUCACAUGUACGAUAAUCCGACAUACAGGGCAAUGGUACCGUAAUAGUGACGUACAAAAUAUCAUCCGAUAAAUGUACGGUAAAAAAAAUAUCAUAUGCUGCUUUGUAAAACUGGGCCCUGAUGUAUACAGAAUGUCCAGAAUACUUGUUAGCGACAUAUCAGUUUUUAUAAGGAUGUAUUUUCUAGUUGAAAAUAUACUUGUUAGAAUUGGGUAUUACUUGAUCUGGUUAUGUGGUCCAGUAAUUCUACAUAGUACAUAUUGAACAUAUAUGCGCUUUGCCUCUUCUUUAAUACAU